AUGACUGAUGUCACUAUCGAGACCAACAUCGACCCUCACGACGAAACAACAACCACAACAACAACCGUCCACCUUCCCUUCCAAAUCGCAAAGCAAUGCCCACCCCCAAAAGUCAUCUCCUGGAUGAAGUCGCGCAAACCCGCAACAACCGCUACCGCAUCGAUACGCUCCAAGACAUCAGCGCAGCAAUCCGCUCGCCCACACCCACACCACCACAACAGCAGCCGGCACAACCGGACCGUCGGGAAAGUUCAGCAGCUCCUCCCGUUCCUCAACAACAACAAGCGGAGGAGUGCGACCGAGAAAACCAAAAAGGGCGACCAGACCAUCACAGUCUUUUCGAUUCAAGUCAAUAUCCUUGGCAAGGUUCUUGUGCCACCAACACCACAAAGUCAGUCGACAACCCCAAUAGCCUCCUCCACAUCCUCACAAAAGGCCGAUUCAUCAUCAUCCAACGGUUCUUCUUCCUCGAUCUCUGAACUUUCUGAGGACUCUGUUUCUGCCUCUGCUACAGAUCUGGCCCCUGUCAAGACCCUGCCUGCUCAAUUAAACCGUUCCGCCACUACUUCUUAUGUGAUCCACAGGACAUUCGAGGACUUCCAACGGCUAUCGGAGAUGGUUCUCAACCUCCAGGCUGCCCUCAUGACCGCUCCAGGACCCAUCCCCGAAGGACCCGAGCUGAAAACUCUGGUGGUUCGUCAUCCCCACCCCGGUCUCUACCAGGCCCUGCUCAAGCAGGUCUCCCAUGCAAAGGCCAACCAGCGUGCCUUUGAUGCCUCUUCGACUACCCAUGGCUUCGACGAGGAAGGCGCUUUUGAGCGGGUCCUUGAAUUGAAUCAGUACCUUGAGGACGUCUGGUAUUGGCUUCUGCCCGAGAACACCCCCGAAUCCCUGAACUUGUCGCUGGAGCGUCAUGACAUCAUGCAAUGGCUCAAACCCUCGUCCUCCAGUUCCCAUGCCGAUGGUCGCCAAAUGCGGGAACGGUCAGACCAGCCCUCGACUCCCACCGUUACCAAGCGCACGUCUCCGAUCGCCUCUCCCAUUGCUCUUCCUGCUCCAACUGAUGUAGUAGAAUCUGAUGUUGACACAAUGGCUCUUUCCACAACCAGUUUGAGUGACUCUCCUAUGCAUGAUCUAUCAGCGCACAGAGAGGAGCAACUCGAGGAGGCAGAGGAGGCAGAGGAUCCUGAUCAACAGGACCAACAAAUAGCAAAGAGAGCUCCUGAAAGGAUGUCGUCCGUCUCCUCGCUUCCAUCACUGUCGUCAUCCACCACCUCUGCAUUCUCCACCACAUCCUCGUCGACAAUGCCUGAGGUACCCGACAGUAACGAACCAAGGGAGCCACAACAGCAGCAAGAUAAAUUGCAUCAACUUAUCAUUGACGGAAACAGUGACGAUUACCAUCUCGAUGUUGCCAUGCAGGGUUCACCCCAUACCUUGUCGACCCUGGCCAGCUCUACCCUUGCAGACUCCUCUGACGUACUGGACCCUCUCGAUCACCACCACCACCUCCAGCAUUCCGGCGAUAAUACUCCCUCCUCAACAACAGCAAACGCCACCAUUAAUAAUACACCACCCCACCCAGCGGUCACAAUUGAAACAAUGGGCGAUCUGGCGGAACUCCCCUCCUUCUCAAGACGUGGAACCCUUCUCCGUCGCCAUCAUCGCGAUAGUCAUCUGGGAUCUGAAGACGUCAAGCUAAAGCGCCGGAUGUCAUUCAGUCAAGUCUUCAAGUCGCUGACCAUGCCCAUCUCCAACAACAAUAACCACCACCGUCAUUCGCAAUAUGACACCAGUAUUUCUGGCAGCGUGUUUGAUGAGGAGAUCUAUAUCUGGAACACUGUCACCACCAAGAACCUCCCCAGGUCCACCGUCGUUGUCUAA